CCAUACAUUUCUGGCAACACAGUUAAUCGGCAAUAUAAUUGUAUACCUUGUAUAUGAAUGAAUUGACAAUUUUAAAUUCUUUCAUUUUAUUUGUCGAUUCUACAAUUUCUUGUUGAAACAAAAUGUCUAAUAUUAAUUUACAAUGUCUUUUGGGAAUACAGUGCAAUGAUUUUGUUAUGAUUGCUGCUGAUCAAUCGAACAGCCACAGUAUUAUGGUUAUGAAGGAUGAUGAAGAGAAGAUAUACAAAAUCUCGGAUAGGUUGGUGAUGGGCGUGAUCGGCGAUUCUGGUGAUACAAAUCAGUUUGCGGAGUACAUUGCGAAGAACAUUCAGUUGUACAAGAUGCGUAAUGGUUAUGAACUUGGACCCACAGCCGCAGCAAAUUUCACUCGUCGAAAUUUAGCUGAAUAUUUGAGAAGUAGUACACCAUAUUUUGUCAAUCUUCUUCUGGGUGGAUAUGACAAAGAGAAUGGCCCUGAGUUGUAUUUUAUGGACUACUUGGCAUCCAGUGUAAAAGUUCCGUUUGCUGCUCAUGGUUAUGGAGGCUACCUCAGUUUGAGUAUCAUGGAUCGUUAUUAUAAAAAAGAUGCAACUGAAGCAGAAGCAUAUGAAAUAUUGAAGCAAUGUGUCAAGGAGGUUCAUAAAAGACUCUUCGUUAGCCUGCCCAAUUUCCAAGUGACUGUAGUCACUAGGGAUGAAAUUAAAGUUUUGCCUGUCAUCAAUUCUGAAUCCUUAAAGUAAUCUUUUUAAUGUAAGGGUAAAUAAAAUUUUCUAGUAA